CGAUUAAAUUCUUCCUCGUUGAAAAUUUGGGAAGCUUCGCGUUGUCGUUGUCUCGUUUUCCGUCUCAAACGCGGAAUUGGGGAGAGAAAAUAAAGCUGAAAAUUCGACCCCAAAUUCCUAAUCCGCCGACGCAAAUCUAGGGAUUCCUCGCCUCUUGCCGGAAUCUCUGCCGCCGGAGUUUUUUUUUUUUUCCAAAAUUUCCGAUUUUAUUUGUUCUUCACUGUGAAUCCCGAAUUCGAGGAUUCGUAUUUUUGAUUCGUAACAAAGAGAUAAAGGAAUGGGGACUCCGGCAAUCCCAAAUCUCGGGAAACACUGCAGCGUCGAUGAUUGCCGCCAGAUUGAUUUCCUGCCCUUCACCUGCGAUUGCUGCCAAAAGGUGUUUUGUCUUGAUCACCGGAGCUACAGCAGGCAUCAAUGUCCGAAAGCUGGCAAGAAUGAUGUCACUGUCGUCGUCUGCCCCCUUUGUGCUAAAGGAGUUCGCUUGAUUCCUGAGGAAGAUCCAAAUAUUACAUGGGAAUCACAUAUUAACAUUGAUUGUGAUCCAUCAAAUUAUGAACAAGCCACAAAGAAAAGGAAAUGCCCCGUGCCUCGAUGCAAAGAGUUGCUCACAUUCUCAAACACAAUCAAGUGUCGGGACUGUAAUAACGACCACUGCUUGAAGCACCGGUUCGGACCUGACCACAGCUGCCCGGGACCCAGAAAAUCCGAACCAUCAUUUCAGUUUAUGGGGUUUCUGAACAAAAGCAGAAAAGAUGAACCCAAGCAAGCUGCAGCCUCAUCUUCAUCGAAGUGGACUUCAGGUUUCCUCAAUUUAGCCUCGUCUGUCCGUGCUUCAGCUGAGGCGGGGAUGACAAAAUUGAGCAAUGAAUUCAAUCAAGCCUUAAGUACAAAUGGAGGGGCACAGAACAGUAGCAGCAUGAGCACAAGUACCAGCCAUCAUGUGGAGGUGUGUCCACAGUGCAAGUUGAGAUUCUCUAGCGUUGGAGCUCUCGUGGACCACGUGGAGAAGGUCCACGAGAAGCAUGGGGUUAUGAAGGCCACACUUGAUGUCUGCCCCAAAUGUAGUAAAGGAUUCCGUGACCCUGUUAAGCUCGUAGAGCAUGUGGAGAGAGACCAUGGAGGUGCGUCAAAAGCCUAACCAAGAAAGAUCAGCUGAUUCCCGGUAUUCUGCAUAUAGUUUACCCAUUCUUUUUCCUAUAUCAUAAGAAUUCUCGAGGUGUGACUGAAAGCGCUUUAGAUUUUGUAACAAGGAUUCAUAUCAAGAUGUAGGGUCUUAUUGAAAAUCUAAGAUUCAAAUUUCAUUGUAAAACAUCUCAUACUUAUCUAUGGGCUUGUCAUUCUGUUA